AUGGCUUCGGGUGGCAGCGAUCAGACUUUCCCUCCCCAACAGCAGAAGGAUCAGCCUGGGAAAGAACAUGUUAUGGACCCCACCCCUCAGUUCUCCAUCCCUGAUUACAAGCCCUCAAACAAGCUUCAGAGUUGUUUGGUUAUGGGGGGUGCUUACACUGCAGGGGAAAGUGGCGCUGGUGACGGGUGGCGAUUCAGGGAUCGGGCGAGCAGUCUGCCACUCCAAGGCGCCAAAGUUGCCUUCACGUUCGUGAAGGGGAAAGAAGACAAGGAUGCAGAAGACGUCCUCCAGUUGCUGAAGAAGGCGAAAAACCCUGACGCCAAGGACCCCAUCGCCAUUCCUGGCGACUUGGGGUUCGAUGAGAACUGCAAGAGAGCCGUCGACGAGGUCGCCAACGCCUACGGCAAGAUCGACAUCCUCCUUAACAACAACGCCGAGCAGUACGAGUCGAGCACCGUGGAAGAAAUGGACGAGCCAAGGCUAGAACGCGUGUUCCGCACCAACAUCUUCUCCUACUUCUUCAUGACCCGGUAUUUUCUAAUUUAUCCCUCUGUGGGACAUUUCGUCGAACACAGUGUCGGCAUGGUUUUCCUGAUCCUCUUAAUUUGUUCCCACCCUCUUCAGGCAUGCUCUGAAAUACAUGAAGGGAGCGCGAUCAUCAACACGACGUCGAUCAACGCCUACAAGGGGAACGCGGAGCUGCUGGACUACACGGCCAAUGGCGUUGCUCCGGGUCAGAUAUGGACUCCCUUGAUCCCGGCCUCGUUCAGGGAGGAGAAAGUGACGAGCUUUGGGAAGGAAGUACUGAUGCAGAGAGCUGGGCAGCCGAUGGAGGUGGCGCCGUCGUAUGUUUUCCUGGCCUGCAAUCAUUGCUCCUCUUACAUCACCGGCCAGGUCAUUCACCCCAAUGAGCCGGAUCUUGUGAUAUGA